AUGACUCGUGUAGUUGUGCCUGCGGAAGAGAUUGCAACAGCGAAUAUUGGUGACCUUACAGUGAUCCUCAAGCUGUUGCUACACUGUACUAAUGAUUUGGCAUCUACACUUGCUCAGCAAUGUCACGCUGCGAUUGCUGACCUACCAGAGGACAGUCGGCCCACGACGUACGACAGCCUUGUUGAUGUAGCACGGUUUUGUGUGGAAGAAGAGCCUGGGUGGGAUAAGGAGGCCAGUGAAAAUCUGGUAUCUUCGUAUCCCCGUUUAUGCACACUAUUUGGCGAGAGUGAACGCCUCACUUCGCUUUGUAGUCAAUACGAAUCACACUUCCUUGGGCUACAUUUUAUCACAAGUGAUGAGGUUCGGGAACCGGCUUUAGCGGCCGACGAACUGGAGAACUAUUUAAGACGGUGGAAGCCAUCUGAUGUAUUUAAAAAAGAUACGCCAGAAUGGCAAGCGGAAUUGGAACGUCUUUUAGAGGCCUUUUGGGACGUGGCCGUGGACCGUGCAUCCAACCUAGAGCCUGGACCUAUUGAUUCUACGGAGAACGAUACUCAUGAGCUGAAUGAACAAGAUGGUACUGGUGUGGAGCAUACAGUCCGGACUGGGACUGAACCUAAAGUUGAAGAAGACAGUGUAACACCUAACAAGCAAGCCCCAUUACAACCAGCCCAGUCGUCUGAUGUAAACGGUGUGGAUAUGACCUCUCUCGAUAUUUCUGACAAUAAAAAGGCAUCAUCAUCUUCUUCAACAAGGUUGACUGAUGCAGCCAUAAACAAGGAAGAAGAUGUACUUGGGACCGAUGAUGAGCCCCUUCUAUCUCUUGCCUCUUUUCGAGCUUUGGCUGUGGCAGCUCCUGUGUUGGAGCGGUUCUUCGAGCACGAUUUAGUCGCUUCUAUUCGCUUGGACGAAGUUGUUCGGUCGUUAACGGGCGGUGCGUACGCCUGGCACGCUGCUCCCCUGGCACCACGGAACAGCGUCACCGACACGAAAUCAGGAGCAGCUGCGCAUGGCACAGUGUCUCUGGCCUCCACGAUACUUCAUACGCCCUCGCUUGAUGCAGAUACGCCAGCAAGCUACUCCCGCGAUAUUACAACAGGCACACGUGGAAAGGUAGUUGGUUUCUUAGGUGGUCUGCUUGGCGAAGAAGGCAAGACGAGAAUGGAUGCCUUAGCUGACCAGGUUGGGUUACGCUUGCAAACUCAUUCCGUGAAAGGGCCACUUCCAAGCUUUGCAGAAUCCGCUGUGCCCGUGGAAGAAACGCGAAACACCUGGCGAAGUGCGCUAUUGCGUGGCGCUUCUGCUGCAGCGGGUGCGGUGACGGAGAAAAAACCCAGCACCUUCGGAGGUAGGCUAGCUGGUGCCUUUGGAUCAUGGCGACGCGACAAUGGAAGUGAUGAUGCCAAAGAACAAACCAUUACGGCCGACCCUGUGCCUGAAGAAGAUCACAUGAUGCCUGAGGUGCGAAAGACUAUGAAAGGAAGUGACCUUGCUAUGGAAGGUCCUGAAGCGGCAGUGGAAAGUCUCCGAGCCGCCAACGAGGCGCUGGCGCAAGAACGAGAUACUUUCAUAAUUGAUGAAGUUCAAUCCACUGGUGACAUCUCUGGCGAUAUCGACGAUGAUGGCGCGAGUGAUGUGGAGGACUUGGAGACCCUCGAACAGGUUGACAGGGACAAAAAUAGCGGACUUCAAGGGGUCGAAGCAAGGCAGGCACAAGACUUACGAAAUGUCGCUGUCCAAUAA